AUGUAAGUCAUAAAUUAGGAUGAAAUCGAUAACUUAAGGAGGGAUAUUUAACGAUUGGGUACAAAGAAUGCCGAAGGAAAAUACGUUGUUAAAUUUGGAGUAUUAUACAAAGACGAGAGAAUAUAGCAAUAUUUUGAAGUAUUCUAUGUCAAUAUUCGAACUGCUCUUGUUGAUACAUUGAAAGCAGCCAAAAAGUUGAAUGUCCUUGACUUUUAAGAUUAAAUGCUUUUAAAAGGUGCUAAUGAUAAUGCUGAAAUCAUUUUGAAAUGA